AUGCAGAUGCGGCGAUACAUGGCAGCAUAUGUGGAGCUGACGGUGCGGGAGAUGGUAGAGAAUGAGUUCGGCUCUGACAAUAUCGCUGUUCACCUCGAGCGGAUCAAGGAAUGUUUGGAGAAGUGCGACCUUAUGUCCGUGUUUGAUCUUGAUAGCGAGACAGGGAUGAAGGAGAUUGAUGUGGUUAUGCUUCAGGCUUUACUCAAAGAACUGAAGAAGCCUAAUGAGAAACCACUUCCCGACUUUGAACAGCCCCUGCCAGGAUCUGUUCAUCUGGUCCAUCCUAAUGAUACAACAGGAUAUGGCCAAGACAUUCUGGGUCGAGGGCAAGACGAACGCAACGCAGCAGGAUCUUCUCAUGCGGGGAACUGUCUAACUGGGGGCAACAUGACAUGCAUGAUGAUUGCCGUGAAGGCUGUUAACAAGGAAGUUCAUCUCACAGACCGCAUGUCACUUUUCGUCUGCAUGUGUUUCCCCUUCUUGAUUGUGCCCCUGCUCAAGUUCAACCUGCGCAUGGACCCCUCUUCCAGCUGCUACCAUCCACAAGCCAUGGCAUCAGGGUCCCAGCCCCGGAAAGUGUGCUCUAGGCACCAGCCCUUCACAGAGCAAACCCAACCCGCCUUUAAGCCAGAAGUCGAAGCCAAGCUGUACAAAAUGGAGAACCGCUUUUCGAAAACGUCUGAUUAUUCUGAGGUACAGAAGCCUAAUGAACUGCAUAUCACACCAGGACAAAAGCUGUAUUACUUUUUCACUGCUCCAGUGAUCAUCUUCAUGUAUAAUGUGCUUUCCUACUUUGGCUUCCUGAGUCUGUACACGUAUGUUCUGAUAUUCAACUUCGCGCCAACGGUGUCCGUUCUGGAAUUGGUGCUUAUGGUGUGGGUGUUCACGAUAUUAUCGGAGGAAGUGCGACAGGUGGUCACCAGGUCCUCUACCACUCUUGUUUCCAAACUGAAAAGCUACGUCACCGACAGCUGGAACAUCGUUGACAUUAUUACAAUUAUUCUGUUUAUAAUUGGGAUGAUCAUGCGUUUCUUGCCGUACAAGGACACGUUCGAAGCUGCACGCGUGGUCCUUGCCUUGAAUUUUGUCUCGUUUUGCAUGCGUCUGCUGCACAUUUUCUCUGUGCACAAACAGCUGGGGCCCAAACUGGUCAUGAUUGGAAAAAUGGUACAAGACAUGAUGUUCUUCCUCGUAAUACUGAUGAUAUUUGUUGUGUCGUACGGAAUCGCUUCGCACUCAAUCCUGUACCCAAACUCCCCUCUGGCCUGGAGCACGGUCUUGCAAGUCAUCAAAAGUCCUACUGGAACGUAA